AUGGCUCCGGGUCGCAUCAAGCCACAGUCACCCCAGGAGGGCUCGGUGUGGUCUCAGCAACAACUGCCCACCCCUCCUCACAAUCGCGGUGGACGACGCAACGUUCGCAUGGAGACCUCAUCCAGCGAUACCCCCACGGCUGAGCAGUCUUCUCCUAUGGCCGACAAUGCUAGCCUAGAGGACGAGGAGCAGGAUUUGAAUCUUGACUGGGUGACCAGAGCGGCCAGGUAUCUGGACCCCCGAACCGAAGAAGACCGCACAGAUCGUAUCGCCCUCGAGGCAGACCUUCGCCGUGGUGGCACCCGUUGCUACCACACAAGCAAAUGCAACACCAAUGCGCCACCCCGCAAGGCCGUUUCUCAGUUCUUUGGGCGCAACAAGAAGGCAACGAGACAAAUGCCUGAUCGUGUCUGGUGCAACCUGUGUCGCAAGCACUACCAGCGCGCUCGUUACCGUAAUUUGGCCGAAUACUCUCUUGACCAGUGCAAUCUCAUCAUCGGCACAAUCGUCCGUGCCCAGAUUUGGUCCGAUAUUAGCCAUUGGGAGAAUCCGAACCUGAAGGGAGGAACUCUGAACGGAUGGAAGCUUGUCCCCCGUAAGCGCGAGCAACAGCGCCAGGAAGAGGCCAGCAAGGCGCGUGAGAAGGCACGUCUUCAGAGAGACAAGAAGCGGUCGCGCGACGACUAUGAAGACGAACUCGAUGAACUCGAUUUCCUCCCCACCUCUAGGGUCGCGCCUGCCCUGCUCAGACUCUGCGAUCGUGUGUACUCUUCGGUCCAAAUCAUCGACAUCAUUGAGGAGCAUUUCAAAGCCCCCCUUGAGGAGGCCCUCAACUCCGGCCACCCCUCACACGGUCUCCCCGACGUCGAGAUUCUUCCCGAGUAUGAUGGUACUGACGAGACCCUCGAGAAGGAGCGCAAGGAGAAGGCGAAUAAGAAGAAGGCCAACACAGGAAACGUGACCACCCCUGAGAAGCGUCGUAAGCAGGCCACCCCGGGCACCGACUCGGAUGACUCGAGCUAUCACUACUCGCAUCAGCAACGUGCUGCUUACGGCUACGACGACAGGCAGUAUGCCGGAGCUCACAACAACCUCCCUUCUCCCAGCCCCAGCAGAUCUAACUGGCCGGCUCCUUACUCCCAGGGUCCCUCCUAUUCCUACUCAUCCGGUAGCGGCUACAACGACUAUAACGACAGAUCAACUGACUGGGCUCCCAGCUACCGUCAGGGCCCCUCCAGCUACUACCAGUCUGGUAAUUCGGUCAAUAGUGGGCUCCAAAACAACACAUCCGCCACCUACGGCGGUACCACUCUUGCCCCUAUCGGUUCCAGCCGCGGAUAUGUCAACCCAAGCUAUACUGGUCUUACCGCCAGCUACAGCGCUCCUGGCGGCUUGGGUACCAGCGGCAGCGGCAGCAUGUCUACCUCUGGAUCUAGCAUGAACCCCAUGCUCCAAAAUGACAACUCCUUCUACCAGCCAAUUUCGCAGAGGAGAGAGACCAUUGCUGCUUACCGCCCUCCCCAGCCUGCUUCGUACGAGCCCCGUCGUACUUUCUCCGAAGCAAACAACCAGUACGCCGGUGGUCCCUCUAUCACCGCUUCACAUGCCGCUUCCAUUCUCACCAACUUCCAAGACAAUACACGUCCCAAGUACGAAGGCGGAAGUGGAACGUCUGAGUCCAUUCAGGGAUCUGGAUAUGCAGACUAUUCGUCGGGCAGUUAUCCCAACCGUUACUAA